UUUAAAUUGAGAAUAAAAUCCAUUGUACGAAUGAAUCUCCUAAAAUCCUUAUAAGAGGUUAAUUUAUUGAUCUCCUUCAUUUACAGGUAACAUCAUUUAAGUGCGGUGGUUUUGCAAUGGGCAUAUCAACCAGCCAUGCAACAUUUGAUGGGAUAAGCUUCAAGACCUUCUUGCAAAACUUGGCUGCCCUGGCUGGUGGCAAACCCCUGGCUGUCACUCCCUGCAACGACCGUGAACUCCUAGCUGCUCGAUCUCCACCACGUGUCACCUUCCCUCACCCUGAAUUGGUCAAACUUCAGACUCACCUGGGCCAAGAAUUGAAUGCUCCAGUCUUUGAUGCCGCCCACGAAGCCCUAGACUUCAAGAUUUUCCGGCUAACUUCCGGCAACAUCUCCGACAUGAAAGAGAAGGCCAAGACAAGUCCAAGCGCCCGCGUUUCUGGGUUUAAUGUGGUGACUGCUCAUAUUUGGAGAUGCAAGGCACUGUCACAACCGGAAGCCCAGGAUCCCGAUAGAGUGUCAACAAUUCUCUAUGCGGUCAACAUUCGGCCAAGGUUGAUCCCUCCUUUACCAGAAUCAUAUGCUGGAAAUGCUGUGUUAACUGCUUACGCAAAUGCUACGUGCAAGGAGCUGCAAGAGGGGCCAAUCUCUAAACUGGUGGAGAGAGUGGCAGAGGGUUCAAAGAGAAUGACUGACGAGUAUGUGCGGUCUGCUAUAGAUUGGGGUGAGAUUCACAAAGGAUUUCCGCAUGGAGAUUUCUUGGUAUCAUCUUGGUGGAAAUUAGGAUUUGAUGAAGUGGAAUAUCCAUGGGGGUGCCCCAGGUACAGUUGUCCUGUGGUGUACCACAGAAAGGAUAUUAUCUUGCUUUUCCCGGAUAUCGAUGACAAGAAUAGCGUCAAUGUUCUGGUUGCCCUGCCCAGCAAGGAAAUGGAAAAGUUUGAAAGCCUCUUCCACAAAUUCUUAUCGGCUUGAAUUUUCCGUAUGAAAGUGGAAUUUCAUAUUACUAAGUUGAAUAAUAUAAUGACCAAUACCUAUAGUUUGCUUGCUGCUAGAUUCUGCCAUCAAGAAUAAAGGAAGAAGGAAGAAGAAUUACUUCCGACGACGACGGGCAGUCAAUCACUAAUAUACACACACGCUCCUGGUUUUUUUUUUUACUUUUUUAAUUUAAGCGUGUUGUUGUAUGUUUGUUUUUUAUCGCUUUCUGAAUGUAAAGUGAAUAUUAUCUAGAGAAAUGUUUCGCCAGCUGCAUGCGUGAAAUAUUUACUGAUUGUGGAGAAAAAUAAUUUGUAAGAUUAGAAAAUAAUCGGAGUGGAAUUAUGAGAACAUUAAAGGAAU